AUGUUGAUCAAAGUCAAGACACUCACCGGCAAAGAGAUCGAGCUGGAUAUCGAACAAACAGACAAGAUCCAACGCAUCAAGGAACGCGUUGAAGAGAAGGAGGGCAUCCCACCAGCACAACAACGUCUCAUCUUUGGCGGUAAACAGAUGCACGACGAAAAGACGGCCAAAGACUUUGGCCUUGAAGGUGGCAGUGUUUUGCACUUGGUGCUCGCUCUGCGAGGUGGAAUGCUCUAG